GGUGCGCGCGCCAAGGCGCGCGGCCUCGCCCCUCCCGCUUGACGCGCGCCCCCGCCAGGUCCGCUCUCUUCCCCCACCCCCCGGCGCGGACGGGGUGGUUCCAGCUCACUCUCCUCCCCCGAGCGGCGGCGGCGGCGGCGGCGGCGGCGGCGGCGGCAGGCGCUGAAUGAGAGACGGUGACUGUUCGGGUCGGCGAGCGCUAUCCUCGGCGGCGGCGGCGGCGGCCGUGGCGGCGAAGCGUGAGGCCGGCGUUGUCUUUCCAUCCUCUAAGGAGACGGCCGCGGCUGCACAGGAAUAAUGUAUUUGUGGCCUUGGACAUGAGGCAAUCAGUCCUCUGUUGCUGUUAACAUAAGGUCAGGGACUGAUGAGGAAAGCAUGGACCUAAUGAACGGGCAGGCAAGCAACGUCAAUAUUGCAGCUACUGCUUCUGAGAAAAGUAGCAGCUCUGAAUCCUUAAGUGACAAAGGUUCUGAAUUGAAGAAAAGCUUUGAUGCUGUGGUAUUCGAUGUUCUUAAGGUUACGCCAGAAGAAUAUGCGGGUCAGAUAACAUUAAUGGAUGUUCCAGUAUUUAAAGCUAUUCAACCAGAUGAGCUUUCAAGUUGUGGAUGGAAUAAAAAAGAAAAAUAUAGUUCUGCACCGAAUGCAGUUGCCUUCACAAGAAGAUUCAAUCAUGUAAGUUUUUGGGUCGUUAGAGAAAUUCUUCAUGCUCAAACAUUAAAAAUUAGAGCUGAAGUUUUGAGCCACUAUAUUAAAACUGCUAAGAAACUAUAUGAGCUGAAUAACCUUCAUGCACUUAUGGCAGUGGUUUCUGGCUUACAGAGUGCCCCAAUUUUCAGGUUGACUAAAACAUGGGCGUUAUUAAGUCGAAAAGACAAAACUACCUUUGAAAAAUUAGAAUAUGUAAUGAGUAAAGAAGAUAACUACAAAAGACUCAGAGACUAUAUAAGUAGCUUAAAGAUGACACCUUGCAUUCCCUAUUUAGGUAUCUAUUUGUCAGAUUUAACAUACAUUGAUUCAGCAUACCCGUCAACUGGCAGCAUUCUAGAAAGUGAGCAAAGAUCAAAUUUAAUGAAUAAUAUCCUUCGAAUAAUUUCUGAUUUGCAACAGUCUUGUGAAUAUGAUAUUCCCAUGUUGCCUCAUGUCCAAAAAUAUCUGAACUCCGUUCAGUAUAUAGAAGAACUACAAAAAUUUGUGGAAGACGAUAAUUACAAGCUUUCAUUAAAGAUAGAACCAGGGACAAGCACCCCACGUUCUGCUGCUUCCAGGGAAGAUUUAGUAGGUCCUGAAGUAGGAGCAUCUCCACAGAGUGGACGAAAAAGUGUGGCAGCUGAAGGAGCCUUGCUCCCACAAACACCCCCAUCCCCUCGGAAUCUGAUUCCACAUGGACAUAGGAAGUGCCAUAGCUUGGGUUAUAAUUUCAUUCAUAAAAUGAACACAGCAGAAUUUAAGAGUGCAACGUUUCCAAAUGCAGGGCCAAGGCAUCUGUUAGAUGAUAGUGUCAUGGAGCCCCAUGCACCAUCUCGAGGCCAAGCUGAAAGUUCUACUCUUUCUAGUGGAAUAUCAAUAGGUAGCAGUGAUGGUUCUGAACUAAGUGAAGAGACCUCAUGGCCUGCUUUUGAAAGCUCUGCAGAAUCGGAAGAUUUAGCAGUACAUUUAUAUCCGGGAGCUGUUACUAUUCAAGGUGUUCUCAGGAGAAAAACUUUGUUAAAAGAAGGCAAAAAGCCUGCAGUAGCAUCUUGGACAAAAUAUUGGGCAGCUUUGUGUGGGACACAGCUUUUUUACUAUGCUGCCAAAUCUCUAAAGGCUACAGAAAGAAAACAUUUCAAAUCAACCUCCAAUAAGAACGUUUCUGUGGUAGGAUGGAUGGUGAUGAUGGCUGAUGACCCUGAACAUCCUGAUCUCUUCCUGCUGACUGACUCUGAAAAAGGAAAUUCGUACAAGUUUCAAGCUGGCAAUAGAAUGAAUGCAAUGCUAUGGUUUAAGCAUUUGAGUGCAGCCUGCCAAAGCAACAAACAACAGGUUCCUACAAACUUGAUGACUUUUGAGUAAAAGCCUGAGAAAAAAAGAGAGGUGAGCUAUUGCUCCUAUGUGAGCAUGGGGACCUGAUAAAAGAGCGCCAGCUAUAAACCAUCCUGUGCCAGGAGGAGCCCAGAGGCUCUGUCUCAGUCUUUGGAGUUCUGAACCAAAAAAGCACUAAUUUCAGGGAAUGAAUUGAGAUAUUCCCAGAGAACAAAUUGGAGUUGCAAAACAAACUGCCAUGAACCAUGCUUCUUAUCUCAGAACUGACCUGUGGAAACCACUGCCUUAAAAGAAUGAAAGGAAAACCAACAUGAAACACCAAAUAGUGUGUGUGAAUCUUCUGGCGGUGCUGUGCUUGGAAUAGAUCGUAGCUAAUUUGCAUUUCUUUUAACUUUGUAAUAAUUUUAGAGGGGGGAAUUGCCUUUUUUAGGUACGCUUUAGAAAGGAAAAACAUAUUGUUGUGGACUACAUCAGGAGCUGGUUUGGAACAGAGGUGAAGAGACUUGGCAGGGAUUGAACCAGCAGCCCACCUGCAAGGUUUGCUCUCCCUCUUGUAGUCUGCAACCUCACUGGCUUUCUCACAGCAAGAGUGUAGGAAUGAGAAAUGUUGGUCAUGUGAGUUGUUGGGUUUGUUUGGGAUUGGGUGGGGGUGUUUUGUUUUGGAUGAGGGGAGAAUUUUUUAAACACUAAACUUCUGAAAUGUAGUACUGUAAGAGGAACAUAAUUUCCUGCAGGAGUUACAAAGGCUGAGUGUUCUUUUGCCAGACACUUUUUUUUUUUUUAAAGUAGAUUCCAGAAAGCAUGGUGGUUUCUAACUAGGAUUAAAGUUUAGCUUUCUAUGUGAAUUCAUUGUUGGACCACGGAUCUGCUAAAGUAAAGAACUAUAAUCCCAACCUAAACUUUUCUGAGGUUUUACAAUAACUAGAUCUUUUCCCAGGUUAAUUUGGAAUUUCUCUUCUCCCAGUCACAGGAGGUUUGUGUCAAGACACAUUGAUAUUUUGUUGGGAUAUUUUCCUUUACGGUGUUUAAUGUGCAUCAUGCCAGAGUUAUUUUUUUAUGAUACAUUUUCUCUGUUUUUGUUCAGUGUGAAUGAGAUUCAGGAUCGUAUUUGUUUAAAGGGUAACACAUAUAGAUGUACAUAUGUAUUUUGUUACAAGACAUACGAAAUAAUUUUAAGAAGGAUAAAGGUGAAAAUAGCAGAUUCUGGAAAUUUUAAGUAUUCUUAAACUUUAUAAUUCUUAUAUAAUUUACCAUAAACAUACCAAAACAUUUUUCUGAAAAGUUACUAUAGGUCUCUGACAUGAAACCAUAUUUUGUCAGUAGUUAACCAAGCAGUUUUUUGAGAACUCUUCUAUGCAAUAAUGCAUUUAAUUUGUAAAAUAAAUGUUGAAUUAUUUAAAAAAAAAAAUUUGAAGAUGAGAUGCCUUAGAAUUUUAACGAAAAAUGGCACUCGAACAAAGGCUACGUGUUGAAUGAUAUAAACUCUUGAGACAUCAUAGAUUUUAGCAGUGGCCCAAGUAAGGUAGUAAUCUGUGACUGGUGUCUACUAAUAAACUUGUUAUUUUGGGCCUCACAUAAAAUUUCUCACAUUCAUAUUCUUGAAGAAUUUUAUACUUUUUUAUUAUAAGUAUUUUGCCCUUCAGUCCAUGAAACUUAAAUAGAAAAUAUUGCUUAUACAAUAAUUAGCCUAAAAUCUAUCCAAAGGAAAAGAGAAGAGCUUUUUUGAGUGUUUUAAAUUUAAUUCUCUGUUUGGAAAAGAUGUUCAGAGUUCAAAUAUGCUUCUUAUAUAACAGAAAUACCAUUAUUUCUGAGAUUUAGUGGUAUAGGCUGGAGAAGGCAAAAGUUUCCUGUGCUGAAGGAUUUUUCAAUUGACCUUAACCCAUGUUGGGUACAGAGAAAGACACCAUCUGCAUAGCCAGUAGUAUUACUACAUAGACCUUGCACAUCUUACUUUUGUUUUGCAUUUUUUUAAAUUUCUCGAUUUGUUUAUUUCUCUUCAGAAACAGCGUUUUUAACAGUGUAUGUGCUUUUUAAAAAAGUAUUGUGAAUGGAAACCCUGUGGAUUUUUUUUGUUUGUCAUAAAUAAGCUAAAGUAGACAUGUUGUAGGUUAACCGUAUCUGUGGAAAUAUGCAACUAAAAAUCAGAGCCUGACAUCACAUAGUUUUGCCAAAGGGAGAGAGCUAAGCUGGAAGAUGUGUUUGAUAUUUUCAGCUCUGAACAUUAAUGGAUGCUUGCAUAGAGUAAGAUAGUGUUCAAAUUUGGUUAAUAGUAGAUAGCCUUGUGGCGUCUGACCGACUAACCCUCUUUACAUAACAGUACAGAAAGAAGUCCUUGUUGUUUUUCUGACUUUAAAAUUUAUUCAUCCAAAAAAUUAGUCAUUGCUUAAGAUUAUUUUAGCAUUUCAAGCAAAUUGAAAACAAAGUGAAUUAAAAUAGUGUAGGUGAAUUUUUUAAUCUAUAAUUCACCAUAUAUCUCAUAAUUCAAAAAAAUAUGUCACUAAAAUAAAUUAAAUAUUUAGGUAGUUCAUUUGUGGGAAGAUGAAUCUUCUCAUUAAGCCUGCCCUCAACUGUAAAUAAGUGACUCAAAAGCCCAGAAUGUUCAUCAGCAUUAAGUUCAGUUGUUUCGCCCUUAGCCAAAAACUCAUUUGAAAUUCAAUUAUAAUUUAAAUUUAAGCCUGUUUAUGAUAAGCAUAAUGAUUAGCAUGUUAUAUGGCCUGUUGUAGUAGUGCACACUAGCCAAUUUGAGGCAAUCUCAUUUAACAAUUUAUUUAAACAUGGAGGUUUAUUUUUCAUAUGUAAGUAAAAUGUCAGCUUUAAAAUUACAACUCUAAAAAUAACUGCAGAAUGACCUUCCAGAGCACUAUUUUUGGCCUCAUGCCCCCUCUGUUCAGGCUUUGCUUGUUUUUCAGAAUAUGAUUUUUACCCCCAGACAGACGCUAAGAAUUGAACAAGAACUGAUCAAACACACCUUCCUAUUUUGUUUUCUUCACUAUGUAAAUAUUAUUUGGGUAAACAUUACAGAAAGGGAUCCAAACAAUUUGAGUUUAAGUAUUUUUUUCUUUCUAGGCGUGUGCUUCAAUGACAAUUUUUCCGUGUGGAAAAUGCCAUGUAACUAUUGCACUGCCUUCUGUGUGGACUCUGUUGGUAUUGGAUCUUUCUGUAUUAUCAAGAGUCAGGGUGUUUACAACUGCAAAGUUUGUAUAAGUGGCUUUAUUCCUCUUCUAGAAGAUUCAUGAGGAGCCUAGGAGGCACUAUUUACCAGUACAGGAGGAAAAAAAGAAUGGAAAGCAUGUUUACAGACUCUAGUGUUCCUUGUUAGCUUAAACUGGGGCCCUCGAGGAGCAGCCUGUUGAUCUUUUGGCCAAGUGACUUGAGCACGAGUCUUUUCUUUCUGAGGUUAAUUCGUAAGCUGUAUACCUUUACUACUGAAAACAAAACUAUAGGGCAUCAUACUAAUUGAAAAUCAAUAGUAACAGGCUUAAUUCAUUGGCCUUUUAAAUGAAUAUAUCUACUAUUGGUAUCCUUCCUGUUUUCUUUUUGAGGCACAUUCCUUUCCAACCAGUUUUUAAACCACCAUAUAGUCAUCUUCUGCAAACAAGGGGUACCAGUGUUGCCUAACAGAAGAUAGUCUUUAAUAAAGUAAAUCCUCUGCUUCAAAGGCUUUUGAAAUAAUUGGAUCCCUUUUUGAAAAUGAAGAUGAAUUUAACUGUGUCCAGGUGGAAUAAUAGUACUGCUGUUGCAUGAAUAGAUGAUAUAAAGCAAGUGAUGAGGUUGGUCUGACUUCUUUGGUGACCUUUUAGGGUUUGCUUUUAUUUUCCCUCUCUUUUUUGUAUUAUUUCUUUCAAAAUAGUAAGUAUAUUAUUUUACAGCCCAAGUGGUAUUCUGUUUUUUCUAAGCUUUGAGAUACAAAUAUUGCUUUUUAAUCACAUUGAUGAUGUAUUACUUUCCAUGUGAACCUUUUCAGAAUGAUUUAGGUACCUUUGAUUUUGAGCCCCUAAAAAUGGCUUGUGUCUAAAAUGACAUUUUGUUCCCCCUAUUUGGAGGGUUCUAAUGAAAGAGAUCCAUGCAUAAAAACUCUUUUGCUUAUUGUAAACAAUUUGAUUACACCUGUGUCUUAAGUUAUGGUGUGGGGAAAAUUUGGUCAGUGCCUUACUAUUUGAAGAGCAAUUUUAGGGCAUCAAAUAUGACAAUAAUCAUGUGCCCUCUUGCUCCUCUCAUUUCAGGAGUGUGUGCUAUAUCCCUCUCUCCACCAGCUUAAUCUUUGUCACCCCAAAUCUAACAGAGUCAUUGCAGAAACCUCUGUAGGUAACUGUUGCAGUCCUCCUUGGUUUUUGAGUCUUUUUAAACAAGCUCCCUCCCUGCUUCUAUCCUUUUAGAGUAGGAGAUUAAAAAUAAACCCACCCGAAUCAACCUUAGAUAUACACUCUUAAAAACAAAUUUGAAGAGCACUAUUCAGCCAAGUUCAUUUUUAUUUUGUUGAUGUUUUGAGCAUACAUUUAAUUGUAAGGCCUUUUGAAAAAGCCCUAAAAUAAGAUACAACCAGAAAUAUUUGUUUCGGUUUUGUUAAAUGUACUGAAAUCUUGUAAUGAAAAUCCCUUUGUCCAGAAGUGAGAUUUAUUUCCAUUUAUUUUCAUAUUUAAGUAACACUCAGAACAAACAAAUAGUCACUUAACCUGCCAGUUCAAGAAAGUAAAAAUAUCACUAAUAUGUAAAUUAAAGGGAAGUUAAGAGACUAAACUAGUUUUCUCAGUGAAAGCAAAGCUUGGCGAUAUUUUGCUUCUCUCAGAGUAUCGGCAGACCUGGAGCUACUGGAUGUUAACCUGAGUCAAGAUGUUCUUUUCACGUUUUUUUUUUAAAGGGCUAGUAUGUUCCAGAGUAGGCAAGUAGACAUAGUCAUUCAAGCCAAAUGAAACAGUUAACUGGUCCUUGAGGAUUAUUAGCAAAAUUUAAAUUUAGACCCUGGCCAUUUGUACUACAGAAGUGACGGUGGGAUUAAAAGAAUACAUAAUUAGACUCUUUUUUUCUUAAUAGAAAAGCAGAAACUCCAUAAUUAUUCGCUGUGCUUUAGAUACCAGAUAACAAAUAUUGUUUCCCCUGAAGGUAUCACCUACUAGAACUAUUCACAUAUAUAGUCCAAUAAUUGCUGACUUAAUAGGUAUGGUGAAACAGCUGAUAGUAAGUCAGCAGACUCUCAAGAGUUUCUGUACCUUGAUGACUGAGAAAUUCCUUGUUUUACAUCCUACUGAAUUACAUGUGUGUGGGGAGGGGGUGGGGAACUGGUUGACAACAUAAUCUAAAAGAGAUCAAACAUCUGUAGGGACAGGUACCCAAUGAUAAUAAUAUAUCUGAAAACACAAGCCGUUUUUAUUCUUUAUCCCAAGUAACUUUGAGGUACUCUAAUGAUGAAGCACUCGAUUGCACUAUGACCUCCUUGAGUGAUGUGCAGCUUGGUUCCUCUCUCACUUUUUGUUUCUGUUUAAUAUGCAAAUGUGAGUGUGCGAUCUUCAGUGUGGCUGCAUAAGCUAACUUAAAAUGAAUUUAAAUACAGUUUUCUGAAAUAUUUCUAUUGAAAUAAAUUACUUAAAAUUA